AGCAAACAAAAAACACAACAAAAACAUGGCUGAUGAACUGGAAAUUCGUACCCUGCGCGAGAAACUGCUCUUCUACACGACUGCCUUUUUCAUACUGCUUGGUACCUUCAGCAUGUUCGCCUUCCUCUUUUUGGUGCCGUUCGUCAUAGAGCCUGCCUUCACCACCAUAUUUAUGCAAUUCGACGAAGUGCCCGCCCUGUGUGAAACUUCAUCGACAAUAACGCGCUUCGGGGCCCGCAACUGCAGUUGGUCGUCCUGCCGCGAGGGCUGUACGCGUGAGAUUUUCGAAUGCACCCAGAUUAUGGUGAACUAUCGCCUGAAUUUGUACAACUAUACGGAUGAGUUCAAUUUCACCGAAUAUCACAUCAAUCUGAAGGAGGCCGAAAGAGUAAUUCCGCCCAAAAAGCGUACCGAUCGCUAUACAAGAGCCAUACGUGACUACGAGUAUGAUUUGGGUCCGCACGAUCCCAUGGCAGCGGCCAUGGAUGAUGAGGGUGGUGGCGCGGGCGGUGGCGGCAUGGUUAUGGAACAUUUGCAUUUUGGCGAUGAGGAUGGUUCUAAUGGUUUCCUUAUAGAAGAUUCCGGCCUGGAUACGGACAAUACACUGAUCAGUGCCGAUGGCAGUGAUGUCUUUGAGGAAAUCUCCGAGCUGAACAGGGGCCUUAUGAGCGGCAAUGAUAGUAAAUAUUUUUUCGUUGGCGCCCACCUCUAUCCGAAUGUAAAGGGAUGCGGCUAUCCGCCCGUGCUCAAUUGCACCAUCUGGUUUAAGCGUUACACAAAGCUGGGCGUUAAAUUUCCCUGCUACUAUUCCAAAGUGGAUCCUAGUGUGGUCAUCAGCGAGCUGGACUACUGGCAGAAUACGCUGAAUCUAAUCUACUCCAUUGCGAUUCCAGUUCCCUCCUUUAUAAUAUCUGUGAUCUAUUUGACAUAUGCCUACUUCAAAAUCUACAAUGAAGACGAGGAGACAGCACCGUUGGAUAAGAAUGCCGAGGAUAUGGACAUCGAUGAUGAGGGUGUGGACGACAGUGAUGGUGCAGCAUUGGCGGACAAUGCGGCCGGCAGUCAAGUGAUAAAUAUGCACGAUUCGACAACGGGAGAAAGUUGUAUUGUGGAUGGCAUUCUGCCAAACGGUGGUCCCGGCAUGACAAAUUCAAUAUCACAACCCGGUUCGGUGACCACACCCGGCCAAUAUCGUGUUCAUACACCCGGUUCGGUAAUGACACCGAAUUCCGAUAUGCAUUCAUUCGGCCAUCAAUUGAAAGUCCAGAUGGCCGAUGAUUUUUCAAGAGAUUCAUUGGAAAAUGGUAUCCUGUCGACAUCGAAUUCGGUGCAAGGGAAUCUAAGUAAAACAAUGACGACGAGCAUUUCAACUCCGCCCGGCCCUGUGGCGGCCGUAUAAAACAGAGAUCACCUCCUGGCCAACCAGAGGAUGA